GAGUCCAUGAUCGGGUUUCCUCACCACUAUAAUUCCACAGUGUCUGGCCCGCUUGUAAGUGGGCGCGCUGACGCGGUUGUUUCUAGGAAUUGUAGUCCGGAUUCUCCGGCGCUGGGCGCGCUUCUGCAUUCUGGGAAUUGUAGUUUAAGUUCUCUGCCUGUCGCCUGAGCUUAAGGCUGAGCCGGGGUCCGAUGCAUAGCAUUCUGGGAAGUGUCUCCAGGUGGUUUCAGUUAGCACCUGCUCCGCACGUCCUCCCCCUGACCUCUCAGCAUGGAUUGAGUGGAAGGUGAGGUCGUGAUUCCUUCAGCGUGGACAGCAAAGUUCCCGAAGCAACAGAGAGACAAAGCUUGGAAUGCUGGCUGCGGGAUGAAGCUGGGAUCGGGGACCCCACCUGCCUCUGACCUUGUGUGUUCAUAGGUGCAGUAGCUGUCAUCUUUGUUGCUGAAGAUGAGCACAGCAGGUUAGGUGUUGGGACCGAGGUCACACAGCGGUUUCAUCACAGAGGGCGCCAGACCUCAUUACGGAUGGCUGCGAGCCAGCAGGGAAUUGAACUCCGGACCUUUUGGAAGGAAGGAAGGGCGGGCAGUGAACAGUACUCUUAACCGCUGAGCCAUCUCUCCGGCCUAUAGUGACUUUUGUGAUAGGGUCUCACUGUGGAAUCCGGGCCAACUUGAACUGAAAGCAAUCUUCCUGCCUCAGUUUCUCCUGAGUACCACAAUUGCAGGUGUGUGACAUCACACCAAGCUCUUGCUUCUGCCCAGCAAAUAUGAUUCCUGUAGUCUGUUAAUUUUAAUUACGUUGAUUCUAAAAAUGUGUCUACAUUAUUUCCCAGAGGCGGGACUUCAUUCAGUUGUCUCUGUUUCCAUAGUGAAGUCUUCCACGGCUCUCCUCUCAGCUCAGUGAGUUUGCAAAACAGCAUGGUUUGAAAAGCCGGCCAUCCGUGCACUGAUUCCCCGAGCACUGACUUGAUCACUAUUCCCCACUGUCCCAGUGUCAAAGUCUGACUCAGAGGCCGGGAAGGGAGUGUCUGCUUGGAGCAAACCGUUGUCUCUCCUGGGCCAGGGGUUCUCAGCUGCAGGGGCGAGUGCUGUCUGAAUCAGCCUCUCUGAGGAGGACGCACAAUCGCUAUCCGCAGCAUGCUGCCGUGGGAGCUGGCUGGUCACACCCUCGCCAGAUGUUGAUGGCUCUUUUCUCUCCCAUCAAUGCACCUUCCUAAGACACAGCCAUUCGCUGGGAGGACAGAAUGACCAAGUACAAGGAGGCAGUAACAUUCAAGGAUGUGGCUGUGGUCUUCAGCGAGGAGGAGCUGGGGAUGCUGGACGCUGCCCAGAGGAAGCUGUACCAUGAUGUGAUGCAGGAGACCUUCAGGACGCUGCUCUCAGUGGGAUCCAGGAGUCUAAAUGAGACGGAGUUGCUUCAGGAGGUAGGAUGGAGGUACCUGCCGCACGAGGAGCUUUUCUGCUCAGGAAUCUGGCACCAAGUUACAAGAGAGUUAACCCAGGGUCGAGACUGCAUGCGGAACGCUGGAGAAAAUGGCUCUCCGUUGGGGAAACAGGAUGGUGUCCAGUGUGAAGACGCCGGCUUCAGUAAACAUUCCGGUCGGAAUUCGCGGCUUCAGCUCCACUGCGGAAUGAGUGGUGGUGAAGAUCCUUCUAAAAAGGGGGUGAAUGGGGAAGACGCUAGCUGGGACUGUCAUCUCGGGGUGAAUGGGCAAACCCACGUGGGAGAGAGGCGGUACAAAUGUGAGGAGUGUGGCUACUCCUUCUGCCGCCUGUCGGGUCUUCAAGCUCACCAAGUAAGGCACACGGGAGAGAAGCCGUACAAAUGUGAGGAGUGUGGGAAGGGCUUCACUCGGGCCUCUACGCUUCUGGACCAUCAGCGAGGCCACACUGGAAACAAGCCCUAUCAGUGCGAUGCUUGUUGGAAGAGCUUCUGUCACAGCUCAGAAUUUAACAAUCACGUGAGAGUCCACACGGGCGAAAAGCCCUACGUAUGUGAGGAGUGUGGGAAAGGCUUCAGCCAGGCCUCGCACCUUCUGGCUCACCAGAGAGGCCACACUGGCGAGAAACCCUACAAAUGUAGCACGUGUGGGAAGGGCUUCAGUCGGAGUUCAGAUCUGAACGUUCACUGUAGAAUCCAUACCGGAGAGAAACCCUACAAAUGCGAGAAGUGUGGGAAAGCCUUCAGUCGCGUUUCAAUUCUCCAAGUCCACCAGAGAGUUCACAGCGAAGAGAAACCGUACCAGUGUGGGGUGAAUGGGGAAGACGCUAGCUGGGACUGUCAUCUCGGGGUGAAUGGGCAAACCCACGUGGGAGAGAGGCGGUACAAAUGUGAGGAGUGUGGCUACUCCUUCUGCCGCCUGUCGGGUCUUCAAGCUCACCAAGUAAGGCACACGGGAGAGAAGCCGUACAAAUGUGAGGAGUGUGGGAAGGGCUUCACUCGGGCCUCUACGCUUCUGGACCAUCAGCGAGGCCACACUGGAAACAAGCCCUAUCAGUGCGAUGCUUGUUGGAAGAGCUUCUGUCACAGCUCAGAAUUUAACAAUCACGUGAGAGUCCACACGGGCGAAAAGCCCUACGUAUGUGAGGAGUGUGGGAAAGGCUUCAGCCAGGCCUCGCACCUUCUGGCUCACCAGAGAGGCCACACUGGCGAGAAACCCUACAAAUGUAGCACGUGUGGGAAGGGCUUCAGUCGGAGUUCAGAUCUGAACGUUCACUGUAGAAUCCAUACCGGAGAGAAACCCUACAAAUGCGAGAAGUGUGGGAAAGCCUUCAGUCGCGUUUCAAUUCUCCAAGUCCACCAGAGAGUUCACAGCGAAGAGAAACCGUACCAGUGUGCAGAGUGUGGGAAGGGCUUCACGGUAGAGUCACACCUCCAAGCCCACCAGAGGUCCCACACCGGAGAAAGACCCUAUCAGUGCGAGGAGUGCGGGAAAGGCUUCUGUCGGGCCUCCAACUUUCUAGCUCAUCGCGGAGUCCACACAGGAGAAAAACCGUACCGAUGAGACGUGUGUGGCAAACGCUUCCGGCAGAGGUCCUACCUCCACGACCACCAGAGGAUCCAAACUGGCGAGAAACCGUACAAGUGCGAGGCGUGUGGGAAAGGCUUCAGCUGGAGCUCCUACCUCAAAGCCCAUCAGAGGGUUCACACGGGAGAGAAACCGUACAAGUGUGAGGCCUGCGGGAAAGGCUUCAGCUGGAGCUCGAGCCUCGUGAUUCACCAGCGAGUCCAUGUUGACGAUGAGGGUCACAGGGAUUUCCCUGCACCAGAGGACACCCCCAGGAAACACACUCUAUAAGAUUUUAUGAUCUGCGACAGUAACCGCAGAAAGCUUGAGCGUCAUCCGGAGGUUUCUAAAUAUCCUAGGACAGAAGGGACCAGGUCUGUUUGACAGAAGCAACAUUUAAGCUGCUGGCUGCCACCCCACGUGGCGCUGCAGAACCGAAUGUGGUGGCCUCAAGGUAUUUAUAAACACUACAAGCUUUCUACAUACCCAGUGGCCAAAACCUCAGAAUUCAACAGCUAAUAAGUCUGAGGGGCUUCUGGCAGCUCUUACCCAAGCCGCGACUCACAGCGCGAGCCCUGGCACCUCACUGUCACCACACACCGUGCCCGCGGGCUGCUUGAAGUCCCUCUGCUCAGGGCCGGCAUUGCUGUGAAUCACAGUGCUCUCUCCUCUGCGCACAAUUUCUGCUCGCACAGAAGCACAAUCGUUUACUUACACGGUUUUCCUCUUCUCACCCCUGCCCUUCAGUGUCUGACGAGUUCAGCUGCAGAUUGUGCUGGGUCCCAGCCAGCGUGGUUUGAAACAGUGCUUUCACCAUUAAUAAAGUAUCACUUCUUGAAACUGUUCUGAAAUACAUUUCUUCCCGAUUAACAGUAAACAUUUGAGAUGUCCACCUACCUACAUUGUGUGCCUCUGUAAGCAAGCAAUGCCCGAGACACCUCCUGCCUUCAGUAACUCUUAAGUCAGCUUUGAGAAGAGCCGUCAUUUGAAAUUUUUUUAUUAAGUCUAUCUCUGAAUAAAGUUUCUGUAAAAUUGUUCCUAGGAGGCUUGAAGGACAUUUUAGUUAUACACACAGGCCAGUUUCCCAACCCCGUGGAACCUGUGUACCAAUGUCUAUCAAACUGAAGGGCUUUGUACAUUGGUGGCUUCAGCAAUAGGGGGAUUGUGGCCAGCGUUUAGGCAUGCUUGUCCUUCACUGAAAUAUCUUUGUAGGUCGUCACACAUGCACAGACCUCAAUUUCAUUGCUUCCUGAAUUUUGACAAGUGUCUACACUUCUGUGGCCAUCAUCAUCAGCUGUGUGUUUCUAGUCAACAGAAAUGUGCCAGUGGCAUUCCCAGUCAGCCCCACCUUCAGUCCAACAAGC